UCGCUCUCUAGAAUCAGCUGGAAGCAGUGAGCCGCGAACCCGUGGCAGUUCAUCGCUUGUUUUUACGCCGGAAACAACACAUAGUGCGCUUAACCUGUCAUCCGUGAGUGUGAGUCAGAGCGGUGGCAUUCUCGCCCACCAUUAAACCCUGCGGAAUUUUUUAGUGGUUCAGUGCGAGUUCGAGCCAGCCGUUAUUCGGUCGAGCAGAAUCGUUCGUGGUGUUUUGGUGGAUGGUGCAGUGCGAUCGGGUGAACUAUUUCAUCCGUGUGGGCUGAACGAUUUGCUGCGGUGUUUUGGGAAUGCUACCGACUGAAAGGUUCUAUCAGCGGCGGCACAACCACGAGGAACCCAAGCAUCAGGCAAUGUUUCACCUGGAGUCGUAGUUCCCGUCCGAAAUGAGCGUCCAGAACCUGAAAGCGCAGUUCAGCAAGGGAGCAGGAGCCCCGCUGGCCUCCCCCGGGACGAGCUUCCUGAACCAGCACCGCGCUCAGCUCCGGAGCACUCUGCCACCGUCGCACAACAACGCCAACCUCAAAUUCCCGUCGUCGAACAGGGCACCCAGCACCACCGUCAACCACAUCGAGAACCACGUCCCCAACGGAGCCGGGGCGGGAGGGGGAGGGGCAGGGAGCCCGACGAAAACGCAGAUCCCAGUCUCGAGGUUCACGACGCGACUCUCGAGCGACCAUCUGCUCAACGGCAACGCCACCCCGAUCUCGGCCGCCGCGUCUGGCCCUCCGUCAUCGCUCAAGCUUCGACCCAGUCCCGAGCGACCUCCCACGGAUCCCCCCGAGAAAUGCUCUGCCACCGACGAGGGGGCCCAUACGAGAAGGAAAUUCCUACCUACGGAAAAUCACAGAUCUAAACCGGAUUACGAUAGUUUAGAAAAGAAAUUCAAACAGUUACAAGAGCAGUACAAAUCAACGCAAAAUGAAUUGUUGCGAAAGGAGGAUCAACUCGCUCAACUCACAAAAUUGUCUGAAGGUGUAUACAAAGAAUAUGAUCAACUUAAACUUCAGUAUGACAUGGAACUUGGAGCCAUGCAAAAAGCAAUGGAGAAAGCUCAUCAGUGGUAUAAACAAAAUCGUGAGCUCAAACGUAGGAGCACAAUUUAUUUGGAGAAAGUUAUGCAAUAUGCUCCUGACACUAUGGAAACAAUAAGUGACGAAACAGAUAAUAAUGAUGCAGAAGCUGAUGAAAUGGCUGAACUCGAAGAAACAAUUAAGGGGCUGAGGAAAGACAUCGCAAAACUGCAGACUGAAUUGAGUGCAGCCAAAUUGCAAGAAUUUGAAGCUCAAGAGCAACUUACUCAACUAUCCAUCGACUUGGAAAAAGAACGAGCAGCGCGAAUCGAAGCGGAGGAAAAAUUAAAAGAACGUCUUGGACCAGAAAAUGGCAAUUUAGAGAAACUAGAAGAAAAAUUACGUCUAGCCGAAACAGAGCUGGAGUGUGCCCUCCAGCGUGCAGAAAUAGCUGAGAAACAAAUUGAAAAGCUGACCGCUGAGAAGCAACAACUAGAAACGUCGGGUCCGCCCCCUCCGCCACCAUUGAUGGCUCCCCCUCCACCCCCUUUACCACCUCCGCCCCCUCCUCCUGGAAUGUCUCCGCUAAGGAUCCAAAAUCGCACCACUUCAGAUCGAGGUUCAAAUGGCGAUGAAAGUGCCGUUUUGCAAAUGGCGAAUCUCCUAGGCAUCCAAAAGAAACCUGUCAAACCUAUCCAAGGAAUUGCAAUCGACGAUCUUAUCAAUGAAAUUAAAGGAGGGAAGUUUAAUUUAAGAUCGACAGAGAAACAAACUACUCCCAAGAAAGAAGGUGAACCUCCCGCAGUGGUCCAAGAAAUGAGAAAUAUUCUCGGCACUUUGCGAAGAAGGCCGAGAAACUCAGUUUCGGAUGAAAAUGUUUCGAAAUGAAAUUGGCUCAAUAAGUAUCUACCUUCUGGUGGCACAUUUUGUUCCUCAAAUCACAUUUUCCGCGAAGACCAUUUUUAUAUUGUUACGUUACCUGUCCCUUAUACUUGUUAAAAAAUGUGUGCAUUUUUGUAGUACCUUUUUAUUGAUUUUUAAACAUUUUAUGCAUGACUUGAAACACGUGAAGUACAGAGCUUCCUCGGUAUUCAGUUCGUUGAUGAUAAAUAUUUCAGUAAUUCCAACUUAUUUUAAUGUAUCAUUUUUUUCAUCUUGUGCCUAUACUAUAUUUGAUAAGUGAAUGAUGUUAGUUAGUGAUGGUAAAUAUUUCAGUAAUUCUAAUUUAUGUUAAUUUCUAAUUAUUUUUCAUCUUGUGCCUACUUAUUUGAUUAGCCUUUAAGGCCUAAUUUUAAGACCCCAAAAAUUAUGAGCUUCACCAUUUUUAGAAAGCGUGCUUUGAUUUUUUCUUGUGAUAUGAUAAGUUAUUAAGUUUUUAUUAAUGACAUCAUGAUAGUUGCUCUGUGAAUUCUGUGAUCGAGAAAAUUAAUAAUAAUAAUAAAAAAGAAGAAAAAAACCCGUCUUUGAAACAUUUUCUCAUUGUUAGUUCAAAUAAAAUACUCUCUCAAUUAUAAUUGA